AUGUACAAAAAAGUUUGGUUAAUUGCUGGAUCUUCACUAGGUGGUGCACUGUUUCUGUUUAUUGCUUUCACCAUAAUACGACAUUUCUUGGUACGUAAUUAAUAUUAGCCCUUUCAUUCAGAACAAUUUCAGUUCUUUUUUAAAACGAAAAGAAAUCAUUGUACUGUGCAAAACUGGAUCUACUAAAGAGGUCUUUUUUAAUGGUAACAUCAUAAGCCGAUUUGCUCCAAAGUUUCAAACGUUAGAAUAACUCGGUUUAAGAUGUAAACACUUGUAAUUGGGCAUUCAGGUAGAACCAGUGGUAAACGGCAUAAAUAUAUGGUGACAGACAAUUCAGUUUCUAUAAGAGACGUUUUUGAUAAUGGCGUUGUGAUACACUAAGUCUGUUGACUCAUCACUCUUAAGUAAUGAGAGUACCAAAACAACUGAAACACACGUACAAAUUCUUGUGUUUGUUUUUUUUUUUUUAAUAAUCUGCAAUACGCUAUGGAAGUACUAGCCUGCGAAGCGCCAGACGCACGACCGGAAAUGCGUCUGGCGCUUCGCAGGCUAUGGAAGUACAGGCUUAUUGUCAAGCGUUGAUUAGGGAUGCUAACAGAUCCAGCUAUCUACACCACUGCAAGCGGUCUUCAGUAACUUUUUGUAAUAAAAACAACCUAUUGUCUGGUGGAUCCAGAGUUUUUCAAGAUAAGACUGAUGCCGGUUGUAGAAGAUACAGCUUCAAGGUUCACCGGCCAAAUUCUAAAGCCGACCGUAAGGGAAAAUUAAGAGCUGUUUGAAUAUCCAUGUAUUUCCAAAGUGACAUCCCUUUAAAGAGGGUCUCAAUGGGGUGGUGGCUUUUACGGUUAUCGGCUAAAAUUUGGGCUCUUUUACGGCUAUCGGUUAAUUUUUUUCAGUUACGGUUAAUAAAAAAGUUAAAAAUUAACUUCUUUUGUUUCAAAAGGUUAAAUAUUAAUUAACCUGUAUUUUUUGUAUCUUUAAGUCAAAAUAAAGGUCUUCGGAUCAUCUCGGGAUGAAACAAGCUAUUCUUUUGAAAAAUUUUAACAUUUUAGAGAUCAUACUUUUUAUAAAGUAUUUCACUUCUAAUAUUAUUUACACAUAGAAAUGUCAAUAGUCAAUUUAAAAAUAAUCUUUGUGAAAAAACAAAAGCGGACACGCAAACGCCCAGCUCAAGGCCAGGGCGCGACACUCAUUAUAACAAAAAUGGCCGUUUUCACACAAGAGACGGGUUAUCCGUUUGAAGAUUCGCGUCAGAUAGGUACUCUUAAUUUGAAAAUGGAAUAGUUUUAAUUUUGAAUGAACAAGCCGCCUGACUUUAUCCGUCAAUUUCGACGGACAGUUUGAAGACUCGAUUAUCCUUUCCAGAUAGCCUGUGUACAGCCGCCCCCUCGCCUCAGAAAAAAAUGGGAGAAGGGGUGUCUGUGGGGACGGCGCAUCUGUACACAGGCUAGUCUCAGAUGGAUAAUCCAUUUCUAGUUCUAGUGUGAAAACGGCCGAUAACAAAAUUCCCGUGUCCAGUGUUUUUAAUGAUAGCGAAGGACUUUACGGAACGACUGUCUUCCGUUGCCUUGUCCGUAGGCCUCAUUAUUCCGCGCGGCUAAUGCGUUUCGGGUCACGUGGUCCGAGCGAGUUCGCCAGACGCCGUACAGGGACUAGGCAUGGCAAUGUCCACCGUAGCGUCAGAGAAAAACAGGGAAAUGUUGUUUAUCGGCAACGUGUUUACAAACAGUGACAUCUCUGGGCCUUGCUUUACUAGUGUUUCCAGGGCACGACCUCCUGAAAAUCGCAAAUAUUAAUCCCCAGCAAGAAGCCACACUUUCGCUAUGGAAAAAGUUAGUUCCCCGAGAGUGGCAGAAAUGGAGCUUUUGGUCAACACCUAUAAAGCGCUUCGCCUAACGUGCGUACGGAGUCACACUAGCCGGGAAAUAAAAAACGCAACCAUAAGCCGUGAGUUUAGUACCUCCCUAAGUAGCAAAUCUAGGGAACAAUUUCUUUUACGGUUAACUCUUUUUUACUCUAUUUACGGCUAACGGUUAAAAUUUUUAAAUUUUUACGGCUAUCGACUAAAUUUUUGGCCGUUUUACGCCUAUCGGUUAACCCCAUUGAGACCCUCUUUAAAGAUAGGCCUGUUUGGGUUUGUAAACAGCCCAACCCACAGAUGAAAACACCCAGCGUUUUUUGGGUUAACAUAAUAAUAAAUUAAGUAUAAGCUGUAAAUGCCCCCUUUUUACAGGUUACUUGUUUUCCUGUCGCGUGUGGUCACCGAAAAUGCACUUUUACCGGACGAAGCUCUGAACCUCUUAGAGAUAUUCUUGUGUCUGUGGACGACAACAUUCCUUGCGAAGAAGACCUAACAGAGUUCAAAGACAAAGCUUUAGCGGUGAUGAACGACAUCAGGACUGAGCUGGAACAAAUAAUGCAGAGAACAAGAUUCCAGUUUAUCUUUUCAGGAAGUGCGGUGGAAAGAUACGGGAUCCCGUUCAUGUUGUCUUAUAAGCCCACAGAUUGUGCCUGUAAUUCAACAUGUCAGAUUAAUGCUUUACACACGGAUCUAGACGUGAUGUUUUGUUCCCUGGCAGACAAAGCAACUUUUUCUGGCGAAGGAAACAUUCUUGUCGAACCUCUCGUAACUGAUGAUUCUGGUUUCACAGGCUACGCUAAGCUAACUUCUCUCACUCCUGGCUAUCAAGGAAGCUGUGUUAGUUCAAAACUCAUCAGAGAUCAAGCCAAAGUUGCUGUAGAAAAUACGCGUGUAUCAAAUCUCCCUGGUGUGCCAUGCUGUUAUGGAAUGUCCGUGUUUACUCCUAAAAUGAAGCUACAUUGCAAGGGACCAGCGAUGAAGAUCAACAUUAAACCCCUCUUCGAGGCAGACGUAACUUUUUGCUUUCACUGUGCCGAGUGGCCUACGUUAAGUGACUGGCCUUCUCGACCGAGGUACUGGCCCAGUCUUGCUGAUACGCAAAGAAUGAUAUCACUUGGUUGUCACCUGGUGGCAAAGCCAGCACCGAGUGACGUGGACCAAAGAAGUUGGAGAUUCUCGUUCUCUUUGGCAGAAGUUGAGCUUUCCAAGCUUGUCCCAGACGUGGCAAGGAAAUGUUUUGUGGCUUUGAAAAUCAUCGUAAAGGAUCACCUUCAACCGGUUGUCCCUGAAAUUGGCCCUUACCACAUCAAAACCAUUUUUUUGAACACUCUAGAGAAGGUGCCGGUUGGUUUCUGGACAGAAGACAACAUCGAAGAGUGUUUGCUGACAUUGUUAACGGAACUUUGUGAUGCCCUGCUGUCCGUGAAAUGUCCCCAUCACUGGUUUAGUUUCGUCAAUUUAUUCAUUGACAUUGACGAAGAAGAUCUCCAGCGUCUAGCAAGGAAGGUAGAAAGAAUAAUUAAAGACCCGGCUCCUUUCAUUUUUGACGAUGGUUGUCGUUGUCUGUCCCCAUGUUGUUUCCGUGUGCCUCAGUAUAAUUUCACUCGCCGAAGUAGUCAACAGUUUCUUGUCGACUACGACGAGAUUACCAUAUCUGUAGACGGGAAUAUGAUCCCAAGAGAAGUCCAGCAAAAUAACUCUCCCAAUCAAUUGCCAGCAUCUUCUUCCGUGAUGCCAUGGGCACAAAUCAUUUCAGAAAGUUCUCUAGGAUCAAUUUCAAGACCUGAUGGACCUGUGGUAACUCUUCCUCCAGUGCAUAAUCCCGAAAGAAGACCUGCAUCAUUUAUGGAUGAUUCAGAAAUGGAGUCGUCAAGAGAGGCAAUACCCUUGACUGUUAUUUUACCGCCCACAUAG